CGCUGCGCUCCCGCAGUUGGUCACACCGGCAAAGUUGUUCGCAGCAAAAAAAAAAGAGAGAGAUUUUACGGAUUAGAUGAGAUACGAACGAAAAAAUUAUUAGUCAAGUGCCCCCAUAGCGAAGCAGAGCCAGCGAAACCAGCCCACAGAGGAGUCCAGUCCAGUCGGGUGCACUCCACGCCAGUCGCGAGCCAGCUAAGCAGCCAGGGAACCUGGGAAAGACGAACAGCAGGAGGAGGAGGUGGAGGAGAGCCAAGAGCGAAGAGCCACGAAGUGGGAAGAGCAGGAGAGCAACCAGGCCAGGUAGUUAGCCAACAUGUCCUGGACGGAGAAAGUGGACCCCGAGCUGAUCUUCACCAAGCAGGAGCGUAUCGGCAAGGGGUCCUUCGGCGAGGUGUUCAAGGGCAUCGACAAUCGCACCCAGCAAGUGGUGGCCAUCAAGAUCAUCGACCUGGAGGAGGCCGAGGAUGAAAUUGACGACAUCCAGCAGGAGAUUAUGGUGCUGUCGCAGUGCGACUCGCCUUACGUCACCAAGUACUAUGGCAGCUUCCUCAAAGGCACCAAGCUGUGGAUUAUCAUGGAGUAUCUGGGCGGUGGAUCUGCGCUGGAUCUCAUGAAGGCCGGCUCCUUCGAGGAAAUGCACAUCGGCAUCAUACUGCGCGAAGUGCUGAAGGGCCUGGACUAUCUGCACUCGGAGCGAAAGCUGCAUCGCGACAUCAAGGCGGCCAAUGUGCUGCUGAGCGAACUGGGCGACGUCAAGCUGGCGGACUUUGGAGUCGCCGGCCAGCUGACCAACACAACCUCCAAGCGCAACACCUUCGUGGGCACGCCCUUCUGGAUGGCGCCCGAGGUGAUCAAACAGUCUCAGUACGACGCCAAGGCGGACAUCUGGUCGCUGGGCAUCACGGCCAUUGAGUUGGCCAAGGGCGAGCCGCCCAACUCCGAGCUGCAUCCGAUGCGCGUGCUGUUCCUCAUCCCGAAGAACAAUCCGCCCCAACUGACCGGCAACUAUACCAAGUCGUUCAAAGACUUUGUGGAGGCUUGUCUAAACAAGGACCCGGAGAACAGGCCGACGGCCAAGGAGCUGCUCAAGUACCCGUUCAUCAAGAAGGCCAAGAAGAACGCUUACCUAAUCGACCUUAUCGAUCGCUUCAAGAAGUGGAAGCUCUCCAAGGGCGACGAAAGUGAGACGGAGUCGGAGAACUCGGACUCGGAUUCGGAUGCCAAGCAGGGCGGCAGCAGCCAGGACGAACCGUGGAUCAUGACCGUCAAGGGGCUGCACAUCAACAGUGCUCCACGCGCGGGCGUCAACAGUUUCCAGCUGCAGGAGCACGAGCUGACCAUGCAGAAACUGAUGCAGACCACACACUCGCCAUCCGGCGGCGGUGGUCAGGCCACUCCUAACGCCUCAGCAUCAGCGUCCUCUGUGUCCGCCGUGGCGGCCUCAGCUUCCUCCGUGUCCGUCAUCACAGCCAAUGAGGCUGUCUCCUCUGCAUCCGCCCUGCCCCCACAGAACAGCCACGUCCACAACCACAACAACAUUAACAACAACAACAAUAUCAGCAACUUGAGCAACAAGCACGCCACCACCACAAUGCUGAAUGCAACUCCUCUGCCGAGCAGCGUGACUAGCUCCUCGUCGGCGAACGAGCUGCAGCAGAAGCGGUCGAGCUCCAAGCCGGAGUUGCGCCAAUCGCGUUCCGCCGCUCCACUGGAUCAAGUGGAGGAUCGUCGUGCCUCUCUGGGCCUGCCACUGCAGGCUUCGGUUCCGAGUCCAUCGCCAGCCGAGCAGCAGCAGCGUCGCAGCAGCCAACGUGAAUCAUUCCAUGCAACAAACGCCGCCUUGGCCGCCAGCGGCAGCAACAACCACAGCCACGAGGAGCACGUGGUGACCAACCAUGCCAGCCAUGCCAAGCACACUGGGGCGGGACAACGCCUAGUCCAGACGAACAGCGCCUGUCUGAACAACUUCAUAUUCCCCGUGCUGAGCGAAAUUCAGCGAAAGUACUCCGGCGGAGGAUCUGGAGGCGGAGGACCUAGUGGCGGUGGACGUAACCUCGGCGUGGGCAGCGACAUUGGCGACCUGAAGUCCGUUUUCGAGCUUGCUGAGCGCUCAAGCCCCGGAGUUAGCGACCUCUUUAUGAAGGAGCUGAUCCACAUGCUCGUUCCUGGUUAUUCGGAGACGCGCAUCAACACGAUCAUGGACCGCGCCAUACGCAACCGCAAGUAGCUGGCGAAGCCGUAGCCAAUUCCGAUUCCAAGCAACCUACUUUACUAUAUACACACAACAUUAUUAACGAGACCGAGACAAAACAAACUGAAACGCUGGAGCAAAACAUAUUCCGACAUAAGUGGCCAACGAAGGAGCGGAAGCGAUGUACAUGUAUUUCAAUUGAACAGUUAUUUAAGCAUACAAUAUGUAUUCGUUUGUUUAUCUGCAAUAUUAAUCUAAUGUAAAACAUAUAUAACUUCAGAAUAAAAACCCCACAAAAAUA